ACGAAACGAAACGCCAACUUUCCCCACACACCGCCGUCACCACACCUAUACCCGCGACUCCAACGACCUCCUACUUUCAAUCACCCCUCUCCACAAGUCAAUCCCAUAUCCACACAAACCAGCCACCCCCACAGCUAUGGCCGACAUGGAGAUCGACGACGUGCCCCCGGCAGAGGAGCUCGAAACGAAGGGCGGCAGCACCGAGCCUAAGACUGCCGGCGGCGCGUUCGCGGUACGUUCCAUCGAGGGAUGGAUCGUCCUGGUCACCAAUGUUCACGAGGAGGCGAGCGAAGAGGACCUGCAGGAGCGAUUUGCAGAGUACGGCGACAUCCAGAAUAUGCAUUUGAACUUGGACCGGCGGACGGGAUACGUUAAGGGUUACGCGCUGAUAGAAUACUCGACGCUCCCCGAGGCUCGCGAAGCUAUCGCCCAGGCCAACGGCACCAAGCUCCUCGACCAGACCAUCUCUUGCGACUUCGCGUUUGUACGACCGCCGCCAGGAGGAAUGGGUGCAGGUUCGCGUGGUGGGCGGGGUGGCAGAGGAGGGCGGGGUGGUGCAGACCGUGCUGGAGGAAGGCCUAGAAGUCGUUCUCCAGGCAUUGAGAGGACGGACAAAAACGGUGGUGAUGAAGACGAGCCGAUCGCAGAUGCGCCCGGCAAGGGAGAGGAUGUCUCGUGAUUAUGGGGUCGACGACGUGGAACGCAAUUGAGAUACCGAUUUGAUUGGCCGCCCACGAAUAAUGUCACCAACUACUGUGGCCACUACUUUCGAAUGGGAUGCAUGAUUCUGGGAGAAUAUGGGAUAGAAUUGAGGCUUCCUAAUGUUCUAGCUGGGAGACUCUGGUAUUUAGCGAACGUGUAUAAAGGAUUACUGGACAUUACGAUGCGCUGUUUCGAUUGUUACCGUACUUGAAGUGAUAUGGAGUAAUGCUUAGAAAAUGGUCAC